AUGGAUAUGUUCGAUUUGAAACAUCAGACCGCAGUGAUAUCGGGAGCAGCUCGAGGACUCGGCCUUGCAUUUGCAGAGACCCUCGCGUCAGCAGGCUGCAAUAUUGCCGUGUUGGACAUCCUUCCCCAACCAUCAUCGGCAUUACACGAAUUGGGCUCACAACACAACGUCAAAGUCAAGUACUACUCCAUUGACAUCACUGUCCGCGACCACGUGGUCAGCACGCUCUCGAAGAUUGUCCAGGACUUCGGCAGAGUUGACAUCAACAUUAACGCUGCCGGCGUCGUAUCCGAUGAAUCCUUCUUAACAACGUCUGACAAAAAUCUUCAACGCACCUUCGCCAUCAACGUCAAUGGGUUCUUCCUUGUUGCGCAAGCCUGCGCCAAUGUCAUGGUCGAACAGUACAAAUCUCAGCACGGCGAUGUACCUGCAAAGGACGCCACGACCGGGAGUAUCGUCUUUAUUGCCAGUAUCGCCACCUACAUCGCCAGCACCGCCCAGCAGAUCUCAUGUUACACAGCGUCUAAGGCUGCCAUAAAGGGGCUUGUGAAACCGGUGGCAAUGGAGUUAUCCCGCUACGGAAUUCGAGUCAACAGUCUCAGUCCCGGCUACACGAUGACGGACAUGAUGCGCGGCUUGCAGACGGAGCAACCCGAUCUGGUCAAGCAGUUUGAAAAGGAAACUUUGUUUGGGAGGAUUGCGUUGCCGCAAGAGCUGAAAGGCGCGAUUUUGUGGUUGUGCUCUUCCAAGGCGAGUGGUUGGUAUACAGGCCAGGAUUUACUGCUUGAUGGUGGUGCGACUUCCUGGAAGCAUCCUGCAGUUUUAAAUUGA